AUGAAUUCUCUGAUUGCUGCUGGCAAUGAGAAAAUUUUAGACCUUGAAGAUGUUCCUCAACUUCAUAGUGUUGACAGUGUGGUUGGAGCUUUUCCAGUUUUUAAAAAUAAGGUCGAGUCAGAUUGUGGUAUUGCUAGCAGAGUUAUCCGGUUCAAGCUCGCAAAAGCAUUGUUCUUGUCAGCUUGGAAAGAAAUUCUAUGGACAGCUUUAUUGGCAUUGAUAUACACUUUAAGCCCUUGUGCCGGUCCCUACUUUAUUGAUGCUUUUGUUCAAUGCCUCGAUGGGCGAGGAGAAUUUAAGAAUCAAGGUUAUAUUUUGGCUUCCUGCUUUUUGGUUGCAAAGCUUGCAGAGUGCCUCUCACAGAGGCAUUUGUUCUUCAGGUUGCAGCAAAUUGGAACGAGGCUCCGUGCAGUAACAGCCACGAUGAUCUACAACAAGGGUUUGACCCUUUCCUGUAUGUCGAAGCAGGGUCGUUCUAUUGGAGAAAUAAUCAAUAUUAUUACUAUUGAUGCAGAUAGACUUAGCACAUUUAGUUCGUACAUACACGAUCCAUGGUUGGUCAUCUUGCAAGUUGGUUUGGCCAUGCUGAUAUUGUACAAAAAUCUGGGACUUGGAUCAGUUGCAGGCUUUAUUACCACAGUAAUUCUCAUGUUGUUAAACUAUCCUUUCGGGAGAUUGGACGAGAAGUUUCAAGGCAAGUUAAUGGAAUCAAAAGAUAAACGAAUGAAGGCUACCGCAGAGAUUUUGAGGAAUAUGAGAAUUCUCAAGCUUCAGGGAUGGGAAAUGAAGUUUUUGUCUAAGAUUCUUGAACUCAGGGAAGUAGAGACACAGUGGUUGAAGAAAUCUUUAUAUACUUCAGCAAUGAUAACUUUUAUCUUCUUUAGUACUUCUACUCUGGUAGCUGUGGCCUCCUUCAGUUCUUGUAUUCUCAUUGGAGUCCCUCUUGAAUCAGGGAAGGUCUUAUCUGCUCUUGCAACAUUCGAGACAAAGGUUUCUCUUGACAGAAUUGUAUCUUUCCUUUGCCUUGAUGACUUGCAGCCUGAUGCUUUAGAGAAGCUUCCAGUAGGUAGUUCUGAUACAGCAAUUGAGAUUGUUGAUGGAAAUUUCUCAUGGGAUUUGUCUUCACCAUGA